AUUUAAAUAAGAGCAGCGAGAUGUGAACAUUUCGCGGCAAUCUGCUAUCGCACUUAUUAAUUAGUCAAAUAGUUGCCAGAUUUCAAAAAAGUAAAAUAGAAUAAAAUAUGGUGGCAAUUAGGUGCGAUUUAAUAGCAAAAUUUGUUACACUUUGCGAAGGAGCAAGCAACGCUUGCUUGUCCAAGGCGUCAUUUUGAAAAUCAGUAAAUAUUCAAUUAACGAAAUUUUUUGUUAAAAAUCGUGAAAUGGCUACGAAUGGGUCAAUAAUAAUAACUAAUUAUGGAAAUGUAACUCGAACAUGUAAACGUAAACGACAAUUUGAAAAGCUUCCGCAAAAGGAACCAGCUCGGGAUGAAAGGAAGAAAACCGAAGAGAAAGAAAGAGCAGCCGCUAACAACUCCUGCUUUACAAAUGCAGCGUUCAGUUCAACACCUAAGAAAAAUUUGCCGAAGAGACGAAUAAAUUUGCACGGAAACAAGAAGAGUGCGAAUGGACAAUGUGUUAAGAAGAAUAUUCAACAAAAUAUCAAUACUGAAGAUAUAUUCAACGAAAAUCCUUACGAGGUUGUGAGGAGAAUGCCUAAGAAAAAAAAACGUAAAACCGAAGAAAAAGUAUGUUUUGAAAAUCCAGCUUUAAAUUUGGAACUACCAGAAAAACAAUUUAAUCCUUAUGAGGUGGUACGUAUUAAAAAACUCAACGAAAACGUGAAAAAUUGUUUCAUAAAUAAUGCCUUGAAUUUGAAAGUGCAAGAUAAGUCUGUCUUAAUUAAUCCUUUCGAAAUACAAAGAGUAAGGAGGGAAGAAGAACGCCAAGGACUUCAAAUUGAGUCGCAUAAUUUAAAAAUUGGUCUACCAUUUAAGCCUAACAUGGGAUGUCGUAUUGAUUUCAAAGAUUUAUCUUUGUCUCAAUUAACACCUAGCAAGUUAUUGGCAGAGAAGCUAGUCUUCUCGCCCGUUGCAGCAAAUAACAGAUCUCUGACCGUCAUUAAUGAAGAAUCUCCCACAGAUAUAAGUAACGAAUUGGACUGUUAUCAGUUGGUAUUGGAAAAUAGUAUAAAUGAGGCUAAGCUACGUAAGAACGGUGUACCUCAAAAUUCAGAAAGGAAACUAUUGCAAGAAUUAAAUGAAGUUGUAGAAGUCAAUGAAAAGAAGAUUAAAACCGCAAUAGGAGAGUCAUCAGCUAAUUUAGUGCCUAAAGCCAAUACAAAUCCUUUCCUCAACGAAAAAGGAAAAUUGGAAAAUUUCCAAUCGUGUCUAACUGCUCAGGAUUUUGACGAAUUAUAUGGUGCAAUAGACAGUGAUAAAGAGGAGAGUUUUGGUUUGAACCCACAUACAGGUUUUGUGCGUAAUUAUCGGUCAAGUGAUAAAAAUAAAUUAACAAAUUGCAAGGAAAGCUUAGAAAAGAAGGAAGACAAUGAAGGCUGUCCGAAACAGUCAUUGAAAACUAUACUACGUUCAUCGAUACGGAAGCUUGUGCACCACUCAACAACAGCAGCCAAGGAAAACCAAAAGCCCACUCAUGGCUUAAUUACUAGUAUCAGAAGUAGCUUGAGACGUAAGAAAACACCAAGCGAUUCACAUAUUAAAAUGGUGCCCAUGAAGGUAACAGAAACUUCAAUUAUUGACACCAAUGAGCGUAUAAUGAAACUGAAAACGACUCUGCCUGGCACAGAGUAUAUGAAAAUUGAGGACUUAACCAAUGAACGUAAGCACGGCUUCCGUCACAGCAUUAGAAAUUCUGGAUAUAGCGGCGUGAAGCAGCAGUUAAUGAGCCGAGUAUUUAAUAAAAAGCAAGCGGAAUGCAAUUUUAUAAAAUGAAAAUCGAGUAAUUAAUACAUUAGCACGCCUAGAUUUGCUAAUCGUCCCUCAACUAUUUUGUUCGGACUCUUAUUUUAAUAUAAAAGUACAGUAAGCUUUAAUCCACCGCCACAGAAUGAUGGUACACCAGAUUUGUCCUUCCGUUUUUAA